AUGUCGGCUUUCGGCGGUUUUGGGAGCGGCUUCGGCUCCAACAACAACCAGCAGCAGCAGCAGCAGCAGCAGCAGCAGCAGAGCACAGGCUUUGGCGGCUUCGGAGCGAACAACAACACCAACACUAGCGGAGGCUUUGGCUCCACUGGCUUUGGCUCCAACACCGGCGGUAGUCUCUUCGGAGGAGCUAACCUACCCGCCGGCGGCACCGGCGGCGGCUUCGGCUCUGGUGGAGGUUUCGGAAGCAAUACGUCAAGCUCGCCUUUUGGCGCAAAGCCUGCAUUCGGCGCACCGACUACAUCGAGCAGCGGCAGCUUGUUUGGUGGCGGCACCGGCACUGCCACCUCGGGAGGUACGGGAUUCGGCGGCGGCGGCGGCGGUUUUGGCGGUACCAACACCGCGAGUACUGGCUUUGGAGGUGGUAACACGGGAGGAGGUGGCCUCUUUGGCCAGCAAAACAAGCCUGCCUUCGGCGCUGGCACCACCGGCACCACUGGCGGUCUGUUCGGCGGUGGCGGUGCUAACACUACAGGCACGACGGGCUCAGCCUUCGGGGCUGGCGGUGCGACUGCUUUCGGUGGUGGCCUGAACCAGUCUGCCAACAACGGUACCGCUGGUACUCCUUUCGCGGCCCAUGUGGAGAAAGACGGCGCCACUAGCCAGAAUGCACACUACCAGACCAUCUCCUUCCAGCAACCUUACCAAGGAUUCUCCCUAGAAGAACUGAGAUUGCAGGACUAUGCGCAGGGCAGGCGCUACGGUAACGCGAACGGGCAGGCUGGUGCUUUUGGCGCCAGUACAGGAUUCGGAGGGUUUGGCUCAAACACCAGCACCCCCGCCGCCAACACUACGGGCGGUUUCGGCUCCAACACUUCGUCGGGAGGAGGUCUCUUUGGUGCCCAGAACAACACGAGCAACACAUCCAGCCCGUUCGGCGGUGCACAGAACAACACCACUGGCGGCUUUGGUUCCAAUACCGGCGGUGGACUUUUUGGUGCCAACAAACCUGCUACCGGCGGCCUUUUUGGUGGCAACACCGCCUCGUCUGGUCAAUCCACCGGUGGCUUGUUCGGCACGGCAGGCAACACUGGCACUUCGGCGUUCGGCGGUGGCAACGCGGGAGGCUUUGGAAGCAACACCGGCAGCACCGGUGGUGGUAUGUUUGGAGGUAACAACCAGCAGCAACAGCAACAGCAACCCAAGCCUGCUUUCGGUGGAUUUGGCUCUGGCACCAGCACUGGUUUUGGCAGCUCAACCGCCGGCACCGGGUUUGGUGCAAACAACAAUACCAACACUGCAGGUGGUGGUCUGUUUGGAGGCAACACGAACAACCCUACUUCCGCUUUCGGAGCCAACAACCAGCAGCAGCAGCAGCAGGGCGCUUCGAAUCCCUUCGGAGGCUUUGGCCAAAACAAUCAAACCCAGAACCAGAACCAACCCUCUGGUGGCGGUCUUUUCGGUGGUUUCGGGCAGAACAAUCAGAACAACCAACAGCAAAGCAAACCGCUUUUUGGUGGUGCUACUCCUGGCGCUACUGGUGGUGGUGGUGGUCUGUUUGGUGGUAACAACCAACAGCAACAGAACCAGACUGGAGGCGGUCUUUUCGGUGGAAACAACCAACAGCAGCCCCAAGGUGGCGGAGGUCUUUUCGGCGCAAAGCCAGCUGGCACGACUGGUGGGCUUUUCGGCGGCGCCAGCAACACGAACACCAACACUGGCGGUGGUCUUUUCGGUGGUGCUCUAGGACAGAACAACCAGCAGCAGAACCAGGCUGGAGGCGGCCUUUUCGGCGCGAAGCCUGCGGGUCAAACCGGCGGUCUGUUUGGCGGAGCUACGAACACCAAUACGAACACUGGUGGUGGACUCUUUGGUGGCAGUCUUGGUCAGAACAACACUGCGGCGCCCUCCGGUCUCGGUGGAGGCCUCUUCGGCGGAGCUCAACAACAAAACCAACAACAGCAGCCGGCACUUGGUGGCAGCCUUUUUGGCGGAUCAAUGGCACCACAGAACAACAACCAGAACCCUCAAUUGACUGCUUCUAUGAAUGGAAACCCGUACGGAAAUGAGCACCUCUUUGCCAGUCUCAGCUCUCCCGGCCAGAGUGUUGGCCCUCUAGCUACGCCACUUUCGAGCAGCCAGAAACAAAAGAAGAACGCAAUCCUCCCACAGCACCGGAUCAACCCUGCGGCAUCCUCGCGCCUGAUCACCCCCCAGAAGCGUCUCAACGGCUAUGGUUUCUCAUACUCCACGUACGGCACUCCGGGCAGUGCUAUGGGUAGUGGAAGCCCCAGCUUCAGCGGCAGCCUGAUUGGUGGCGGUGGUAGCUUCUCGAAGUCCUUGUCGAAGAGCUUCUCCACAAGCAGCCUCAAGAACACCUGGAAUGCGGAAGACAGCAUCCUCUCUCCCGGCGCUUUCAACCCCUCCAAGCGUCCGGCCUACUCAAACACCGGCAGUCUGAAGAAGCUCAACAUCGAUCGUGCUCUCAACGUCCGUCCGUCCCUCUUUGGUGAGGAGAGCAACAGCAGCCCUGCCUCUAAUAAGAAGCGGGUCAGCUUUGACGCCAGUACCACUCUCAACGGCAGCCUGGACGGUGCGAACGGUGCUCUGGUUCCUGCUGACCGUGAGUCGACGACCCCUAGCGCUGAGGAGCAGGGCUUCCUUCGCUCGUCUAAGAACGGCGAGAAGCCGACGAACGGCACCACAGCUAACGGAGAAAAGACUCCCGAGAUGGAGCAAGUUCGGGGUAGUGAACUUGCUAUCGUCCCCGAGGAACCCUCCGAAUCCGACAAGAUUCUCAAGAUCGCCAACGAAAAGGCCCGCAAGGCACAGAGGGACCAGACUCCUGGAAAGUACUGGUCCGAGCCUAGCCUGGAUGAGCUCAAGAAGCUGAGCAAGCAGCAGCUCAAGUCCUUUGAGAACUUCAGGGUUGGCCGCGAAGGCAUUGGUGAGAUUCAGUUCGAGCGCCCUGUGGACAUGACUGCCAUCAACUUGGACGAUCUCUUCGGCGAUGUGAUCCAGCUCAAUGUUCGCAACGCCACUGUCUACCCGUCCAAGACGUCUACUCCUCCCAUGGGUAAGGGUCUCAAUGUUCCGUCGCUCAUCUUGCUUGAGAACUCUUGGCCUCGUGCCCAAGCCGGCAGGAUUGCGGUGCACGAGAAGGGUGGCCCUCGCUUCCAGAAGCACAUUGACCGUCUGAAGAAGGUCGAGGGUACGGAGUUCGUGUCCUACGAUGCCAAGUCCGGCACCUGGACGUUCCGUGUUCAGCAUUAUACCACUUAUGGUUUGGACUAUGAUGAUGAGGACGAUGACGACACCAUGAUUCUUGCCGAUCCUCCCAUUGAUCUUCAGUCGCCGACUCCUGCGGCCAGGCGCGGUCCCGCCCCUCUGUCAGCAUUGUCACGCACAUCUCAGGACGACUCCACCAUUAUGAGUCUUGGCGAGUCCAGCCCUGAUGACACGUUCGACUUCAAAAGAGGUCCGAUCAGAAGGACCAACGUCCCUGGAAGCUUCGACGAGGAGGGCGAUUACUACGAGGAUGACAUGGUGUACGGUCAAGACGACACCCUCAACAGCACUCAGUCUUUUUUAGAUGAGCGCUCCGUGGGUCACUACGAGGAUGGUAGCGACAUGGAUGAUGCCGCCUCCUACCGCAGUGGAUCGGAUUCGGAACCCGAGCACACAAUGGCAGGCUCUUUCCCCAUUCCGGAUCUUACCACGGAGCAGACGCCCGCCAAGAACACCCUCUUCGAUGCUUCGGGUAUGCCCAAGUCGAUCCUGAAGGCUAGCCGCGCAGGAUUUGGCACGCCGACCAAGGGGGCCUUCGAUUUCGAGGGCGAUUGGGCGGCCCAGCUGCAGCGCACCAUCAGCCCCAAGAAGCAGGACCGUCAGACCCUUCGCGAGAACCAGAGCACUGCUCUGCGACAGUUCGAUGAUGACGUUGAGGAGACGCCCAAGGCUCCGACAUUCGCCAAAAGCACCAACAAGUCUUUUUCGAACAGCAUCGACCUCAUGAACUCCUUGUUUGGACAGAGCACGGCUCGCAAGACCGCCACGGCUAACGGAUCGCCGAUUAGGAAGGGAAAGGGCCUUGAGUGGCCCUACCAAAAGCGACCAAAGACUGGUGAUGAACUUGACGACCCGACCGAGGCCGACAAGGCUUUCCACGACGCUUUCAAGCCGACUUGGACCCAUGACGGCACCCUCACGUACACUGCUCCGGGCAAUACUCCCAAGAUGCAGGGAGCCUUCAUUGCCAACCUCAAGAACUCGAUUGUCGGCCAGCACAAGGAUGUGCGAUUCGCCAAGUUCUCUACGCCAGAGGAUAUCUGGCCGGCAACCAUUGUCGAGCAAGCCAACGCCAACAACACAAACUUGAUCGACGGGUCGGACGACGAGCCCCCUCGUGCUGAGACGCUGGAGAUGAAAUUCGCCGAUCUUGCCAACGCGGUUGCUAUCGACACACCAGCCGGCAGGUUUGAGCAGGAAGUGUGGAAGUUGGCCAGCAUCCUUUUCGACAGCCUCAGCACCGAGGACAUUCCCGAGGGCGUACCCAACGAUAUCCAGACGUUUGAAAACCAAAUCCGGACGUUGAAGCUGAGCGAGUUCUGGAAGUCAAUCGUGCUGGCUGAUGCUGAUCGCCAGGCGCGCCUGGCACAGUCGGCUGAAGAGAGGGCAAUCGCGCGUCUGUCCAGCCACAGCAUCACCGAGGCUUGCGAUGCUCUCAUUGAAGGCAAGGAUUUCCGACUGGCUACCCUCAUUGCCCAGAUCGGCGGCCCGCAAUCUUCCCGCGAAGCCAUCGCCACGCAAAUCGAGGAGUGGCGCGCCCAGCACGUGCUGUCAGAAAUGAGCGACUCAGUUCGCGCUCUUUACACCAUCCUCUCCGGCGAGUUCACCGUCUCCGAUGGUGCUCCCGGCCCGGCUGCUGAGAACAGGGCUGAAGAUGUUCGCAUCUCAUCCCGCUUCGGCUUGGACUGGCGCCAGGCGUUUGGGUUCCGGUUGUGGUAUGGCCGUCAGACCGAUACUGCUGAUGACGGACUUAUCGAGUAUGCCGUACAGCGCUUCGAAGAUGAGCUCCGCGAGGGUGACGAGAGCGUGAAGCCUGUCCCGUGGUUCGUUCGCGCCGGCCUCAAGAUGGGCUGGGACGAUCCCACUUCCCAAGAACGCCAGGACCUCCUCUGGGGUCUGCUCAGGCUCUACAAGGCAUACCGCCAGGACGACAUGACCUUCUCCGUGGCCGACAUCCUGGCUCCUGAGAACACAACGGGCAACCCGGUCAACGCACGCUUGUCGUGGCAGCUCCUGACGCUGCUACGUGCGCGCAACAUCCUCCCUCGCGAGGUGGUGACGUACGACAUGGACUACGACGGGCCGCGCGAGGGCGAGCACUUCAACGCGCGCGAGAUCACCGAGAUCAGCGACUCGCUGACGCACACCUUCUCCAUCCCGCUGCUGACUCCCGAGCACUGGACGCACGCGACAUGGGCCCUGAUCCACCUCACCGACGACGCAGAGCGCGCCGCCGCGGUCAAGGACCAACUCUCCUUCAACGCCGGCCUGAUCGGCGAGGACGCGGCGUCGGACGCGACCUUCGCCCACCUGACGACGGCGCUGCGCAUCGCGCCCAGCUGGAUCUACGCCGCCAAGGCGCAGCACGCGCGCGCCGUCCUGGGCGACGCCGUCAAGGAGGUCCAGUACCUGCUCGCGGCCGGCAGCUUCGCGCGCGCGCACGAGGUCCUCUGCCGCGCCGUGGCCCCCGCCGCCGUCGUCGCAAACACCCAGCACGACCUCGACACCCUGGCAACCCUGCUCAACGGCUUCGCCGGCGCCCCCGAAAAGGACGUCAUCGAGUGGCACGCCGGCGGCGCCAUCUACGUCGACUACCUCGCCCUGCUGCGCUCGCACGCCGGCGCCGGCGGCAGCAAACCAUCCGCCGCCAACCCUUUCGCUUCCUCCAUCACCUCGCUCAACAACAGCAGCGCCCUGGUCGCCCGCCCCGGCUCCUCCGGCUCCUCCAACGGCAUCAUCGAAGCAGCCGCCCCGCCAUCCUCGUCGCUGUCGUCGUCUUCCGCCCCGCCAGACGUCAAGGCCGUCCUCCACCGCCUCUCCUCCGCGCUCGCCUCCAUCGCGCCCCAGCUCAACGCGCGCGAGGUGCUCGAGCGCGCCGCCCUGAAGGAGGUCGCCCGCACCGUGCUCGAGGGCGUGAAGAAGCAAUCGCAACAACAAACCGGCAGGCCCUCGUCGUCGUCCUCGUCGUUUUCGUCAAAGAUGGACGGCUUGGAAGGUGCCGGUUCCGGUGCCGGUGCUGGCGAUGCGAGCAGCAGGUUCGCGGAGAAGGAGAGGCGGAACAUUUUGCGCAUGGGCGUCACCGAGGAGGCGAGCUUGUGGCUGGGCAGGGGCGUGGGAGUCGAGUAUUGGAGGGCCGUUGUCGGUGGGGGAAGAUGA